GUUUGUUGACUGACUGUGACUGGAAAGCUUCGGCUACGCUUUAGCGUCCAUUGGCAAACUAGCUAGCAACCGUGUCAAGAGUUGAAGCUGUUCAAUUGACAAGUUGUCAAUAAUGUCACUCACGUCGUACAGCCUUAGUGGCAGUAUUCGGCAUUAGAAGGCUCGCCUGUAAAUGAAUGGCUCUUGUUUUCGGACCAUUUUUAAAUCGAGAACGACGUGGUUUUAGCUAGCUUUAGCUUAAGUUGCAAGAUUGACGAUAAGAUAGACGACUAAAGUUCCUCUGGAGUGGAUGGGUACCUGUGGGCUUAGCAGAAGUAGCUUUGUAGCAGUUAGCAAGGUGACAGCGAAAUGGAAAGAAGAAUACGUCCACAUGGAUAUCGACCCUAAGUAAAUCGUCAUUUUCGGGGCCAGUAUAAGCAGGUAUCUUACAGAGCUGAAGCAGCGCUGUCUGGACGUAGCUGCAAACUAUCUGUCGUCUGCGGCUGCAUCGCCGGCCUAGGAAGCUAGCAGCAAGCUAGCUAGCUGCACGGCUGGCUCGUCUAGCAAAGUUGUGCAUUGCUGAUGGCCUCCCUGCCAGUCAUGGACACUGUGACUGACACAUGCCCUGCGGUGCACCAGAAUGGGACUGCCCAUCGGGAAACUGUAGACACAAGACCUACUGCUGCCGCUGCUGUUCUGAGGCUUCAUUUGUACCACAGCAGCCCGGGAACAUCUGAAUGCAGCAUCCUCAGCUACCCACCUGGUGACUAUGUGGCUGAGGAGCUGUGUAUUGAUGCAGCCAAGGCGUGCAAUGUAUCACCUCUGUACUGCAGCCUUUUUGGUCUCUUCCGAGAGCGAGACCGCUUGUGGUUCUCACCCAACUACAUAUUCCACCUGGACGAAUCAGCCUCAGAGGAUGUGUUUUUUAGAAUAAGGUACUACUUCCCUGGCUGGUACAGCGGUGGGGCAUCCCGAGCGUAUCGAUAUGGGGUUGCAAAGGGGUCAGAGAGCCCUGUCCUUGAUGACUCUGUUGUGUCAUACCUCUUCUUUCAGUGGAGGAAUGACUUUGUGAACGGCCUGGUCAAGAUCCACUCCCAUGAGACUCAGGAAGAGUGCCUUGGUAUGGCUGUACUGGACAUGACGAGGACAGCAAAGGAGAGACAGAUAUCACCGCUGGACAUCUACCACACUACAAGGUAAAGUCAUUUUUUACCGAAGGACAUGAGAGCCCAGAUCCAGGAUUGCAACUUCUUGACACGAAAGCGAACGUUUCGCUUCAAGCGUUUCAUCCAGCAGUUCAGCCAGUGCCGUACAACAGCGCGGGACCUCAGACUCAAGUACCUCAUUAGCAUGGAGUCUCUGGAGAAGGCCUUCUACACAGAGGCCUUCCAGGUCAGGGAACCGUCCAGCGGUCAGCUCAUCAUCCUGGUGGCUGCAGACACUGGCAUCCAGUGGUGUCGAGAGAAACUAAAAGACUCUGAGGAGCAGUUGCAGACUUGGUGUGACUUUCCUGAUGUCACUGACAUCAGCAUCAAACAGGCCAGCAAAGAGGGAGCAGCAGAGCGAAUAGUGACCAUCAACAAGCAAGAUGGAAAGAAUCUGGAGUUGGAAUUCCCAAGCUUACUUGAAGCCCUUUCCUUUGUGUCCCUCAUUGAUGGCUACUAUCGAUUGACUACAGACGCACAUCAUUACCUUUGUAAAGAAGUUGCCCCUCCGAGGCUUGUGGAGUCCAUUUCCUCACAUUGCCACGGCCCCAUCACAAUAGAGUUUGCCAUUAAACGGCUUCAGAAGAGUGGGAACAAGCAGGGAUUGUUCAUUUUACGAUGCAGCCCAAAGGAUUUCAACAAGUAUUUUCUGACUUUCCCUGUCAAGGUUUAUGAUGUUAUGGAAUACAAGCACUGCCAGAUAACAAAGUCUGCAAACGGGGAGUUUAACCUCAGUGGAACCAAAAGAAACUUCCGCAGCCUCCAGGAUCUACUCAGCCGCUACCAAGAAACUGUGCGCUCUGACAGUGUCAUUUUCCAAUUCAGCAAGUGCUGUCCACCUAAAUCCAAAGAAACGUCCUGCCUCCUUGUGUGCAGGAGCAACAAGGUCUCAGAAGUACCUCCAUCUCCAUCACUACAGCGACGCACAAUCAGUCAAAUGGUGUUUCACAAGAUCAGGAAAGAAGAUCUGGAAUUUAUUGAAAGUCUAGGUCAAGGGACAUUUACCAAAAUCUUUAAAGGGCUGCGUAAGGAGGUUGGAGACUACGGGCAUGUUCAUCAAACUGAAGUCGUCAUGAAAGUUCUGGACCACGCUCACAGGAAUUACUCUGAGUCUUUCUUUGAAGCUGCCAGCAUGAUGAGCCAGUUGUCCCAUAAACACCUGCUCCUCACUUAUGGCGUCUGCGUCUGCGGAGAAGAGAACAUCAUGGUGCAGGAGUACGUGAAGUUCGGCUCUCUGGAUACAUAUUUGAAGAAGAACAAGAACACGAUAAACAUUCUGUGGAAGCUGGAAGUGGCCAAGCAGCUGGCCUGGGCCAUGCACUUCCUGGAGGAAAAGCAUCUUGUCCAUGGGAACGUCUGCGCUAAAAAUGUUCUGCUCAUCCGAGAGGAGGACCGCAGAGCUGGGAACCCACCUUUCAUCAAACUGAGCGACCCUGGCAUCAGCAUCACUGUUCUGCAUAAAGAAAUCUUGAUAGAGCGAAUCCCUUGGGUUCCUCCUGAGUGCAUCGAAGACCCUGCCAACCUGAGCCUGGCUGCAGACAAGUGGAGCUUUGGCACCACUUUAUGGGAGAUCUGCAGUGGUGGAGAGAAACCUUUAGCAGCACUGGACAACUCUAAGAAGAGCCUGUUUUAUGAGGACCGCCACCAACUUCCUGCGCCAAAGUGGACCGAGCUGGCUAAUCUGAUUACCAGCUGCAUGGACUACGAGCCCACAUUCAGACCCACAUUUCGCGCUGUCAUCCGUGACCUCCACAGCCUCUUCACGCCAGACUAUGAGCUGAUUGUGGAGAGCGACAUUCUGCCGAAUCGGACAGCGGGUUCAGGCUGGACGACCGGAGGCUUCGAGAGUCAAGAACCAGCUCAGUUUGAGGAGAGACACCUCAUCUUUCUGCAGCAACUGGGCAAGGGAAACUUUGGGAGUGUGGAGAUGUGUCGAUAUGACCCACUCCAGGACAACACAGGGGAGGUGGUGGCUGUGAAGAAGCUCCAGCACAGCACUGCCGAGCACGUGCGCGACUUCGAACGGGAAAUCGAGAUCCUGAAGUCUCUGCAGCACGAGAACAUUGUCAAGUACAAAGGGGUGUGCUACAGUGCAGGGCGACGAAAUCUCCGUCUGAUCAUGGAGUAUCUGCUUGGAAGCCUCCGAGACUACCUCAUGAAAAACAAGGAGAGGAUCGACCACAAGAAGCUAUGGCACUACACGUCUCAGAUCUGCAAGGGGAUGGAGUACCUGUCCAGUAAGCGCUAUAUCCACAGAGACCUGGCAACACGGAACAUCCUUGUGGAGAGUGAGCUAAGGGUGAAGAUCGGAGACUUUGGCCUCACCAAAGUUUUACCUCAGGACAAAGAGUAUUAUAUGGUCAAAGAGCCAGGAGAGAGCCCCAUAUUCUGGUAUGCCCCUGAGUCGCUGACUGAAAGUAAGUUCUCUGUGGCGUCAGACGUCUGGAGCUUUGGAGUGGUGCUUUAUGAACUCUUCACUCACAGCGAAAAGAACUGCAGCCCUCCUGCAGUUUUUAUGUCCAUGAUGGGGAAUGACAAGCAGGGACAGUUGAUUGUGUAUCAUCUUAUCGAGCUGCUCAAAUCAGGAAGUAGACUGCCUCAGCCCCUGGGCUGCCCCCCUCAGAUCCACGAGAUCAUGGAGGAGUGCUGGGACAACGACCCUGGUUUGCGUCCUGGCUUUAAGGAGCUGGCUCUCCGCAUCGAUCUGUUCAGGGACAGUAAGGAGUUCUAAAUAGAAAAAUCACCCUAAGUGCCAUGUCUUCUUCAACCAAGACGCUCUUAAUGUCAUUGCUGUGUUUGUGGCAAAGAGACAAAAAGGCCAAAUCGAGGUCCUGAUCCUGCUGUGAGAUGCCAGUGUGUGGCCAAACAGUUAAGGACUGAAAGAGUGCUGGAUCAGCUCAUUAACUACUGCCAAGGUGCCUUUAAGAAAGGCACUCAACCUCCAGAAUGAUGCUGCCUUGUGGCCAGCACCACGACAAAAUGGUGUCUUGGAUGUGUUGAACCGAUUAAGGUAAUACUGCUGAAAGACGGCAACUCUGUUGGGUCAAACCUCCCAUAUAAAAUCAAAGUUUGUAGAGACUGUGAGUAGUCUGUCACCAGGCCUGAAGCUACAGAUGCUUGUGUCAAACAAGUUGUUUGUCUGUCUGCAUGUAUGUAUGUGUGUGUGUGUGUGUGCGUGCGUGCGUGUGCGUGUUUGAGUUUGAGUGCGUCAGAGAGGGUGAGUGUUGUAUUUGCAUAUAACCAGCUAGCAGGACUAGCUCUCGCCACACCUUUUUCCUUUACCUACAGAGAGAUGGACUAAUAGUGUUUCUAUGUAUGUGUGUAAAUACCUACAGUAUAUUUGUGUACAUAUGUCCAUUUUCUAAUUUUAUAAAAUGACAGUAUAGUAAAGACUAUAUUUGAACUGCCAGCAACAUGUCAUUGUAAAUGAAGUACAUACAAAGGUGAUUUAAAAAAUCCAUUGUUUUAUGUUUUAAAUGUGCGAGUUGGUGUGAACAUUAAAAACUGUUUAACCUCAUAAA